AUGGCGGUGGCCGGUGGGAAGCUGGGGCAGGACCCGGCGCGCUUCGUCUACGUGACGCGCUUCGGCUCGCACCGGUGUGGCGGCGUCUUGCAGCUGGGAGGCCGCCGGGCUGAGGGCCGCUGGAGCCCGGGGCUGCAGGCAGGGGGCAGCCUGGAGGAGCCGCGUGGAACGGCGGCGGGGACCCCGGGCGGCGGGGACCUGUUCCCCGGCUCCGAGCCCGGGGGCCCCGCGGCCUCCUCAGCGACGCGGGCGUCGAGUGCGCGGAGCAGCGGGAAGUCCUCAGCGCGUGCAGGUUUGAUCCAGAAGACUUUGUGUAAAAAGUAUGAUUUUCCCAUACCUUUCAAUGAAGCCUCCAAAAUAAUGAAGAAAAAGAAAAAGGUUUCUGUGUGGAAGAAAGUGCACAAGCUCAUUUGUAGAAUGCUUGAAGAAAAUGAAAAAUACCGACUCAGGAUGAAAGGCCAAAGACUCUCUAGUGAAAACUCAGAUUACACCAAAUGA